GCAUCUUCAUCAUCCAGAUCUCCACGAAUGCAGAAGCAGCAGCAGCGGUGUGGACAGUACAUUUAUACCGGAGCUACACUGACUUACUGCAGCACUGAGGAGAUGGAACCACGACCACUGAGAUCACAUCACCCAGCAUCUACAUCCACAUCCUCCUGCACAACCAUCAAGAGAUACACCACCAGCACGAUGACUUCGACCUGCAGGCUCUUGCUCUUCACGGUGGCACUGUCCCUGUACUCGUCUCAGGUCUCGGCGGAGACGCUGUGUGGCGGAGAGCUAGUGGACACCCUGCAGUUCGUGUGUGGAGACAGAGGCUUUUACUUCAGCCGGCCGUACAGAUCGAACGGUCGUCGUCCGAACAGAGGAAUAGUGGAGGAGUGCUGUUUUAGAAGCUGUGACCUCCGUCUGCUCGAGCAGUAUUGUGCAAAACCUGCGAAGUCUGAAAGAGACAUCUCUGCCACGACACUGCAAGUCGUCCCAGUGUUACAGACUCUUCAUAAGGAUGGCUCAAGAAAGCCCCUUAACGUGAGGCCUCCCAGAUAUGAGCUGUGGCAACGAACAGCAGCUCAAAGACUAAGGAGAGGAAUCCAUGCCAUUCUCCGGCACAGAAACUCUAAGAGACCUUCUGAGACGAUCCCACACCACCGAGAUCAGGAGCGGUCUGAUUUUCACCGACCCCUCAUGCCUGUGUCCAGCAGAAGCCCUCCUACAAUAAUGUCACGUAUCCAAAGCCUGGCAGUCCACAAGUGAAUUAAAAAAAAAACCACAUUUCGAGGGAUUGUACCCCUGACCUUGUUUAACCAAGGCUUUCUUCAUGAACCUGGCCUGAACAUUGUGCUAUCUCCUGCCUAAGAGACGUUAGUAAAGAAAAAGUCAACGUAUGAGUGAACGGAUCAGGCGAACAACAGAGAGUGCACGUCCAGAACUGUUACUGAUAAAGUGCAUUCAGCAGAGACUAUGAUCACAAUCAUUCCACAGAACCCGACCCUGAGACCGAGAGUCUCAUUUGCACCUGUGAUUCCAAAGUAAAGACUAUCGGGAGUGAUUUUUUUAUUCAAACGAUAUUCCCUUACUUGCACCUUCAGCCACCCCUCACCCCCCAUGGUGCAAUAAUGAAGAAAAACAUUGGCAGAUUGCACAAUGACACAAUAUGGACGAUGUAAUAAUGGCACUAUUUUUUAUGAACUGCUCCAUAUAAUAAUUUAUGGUGCUACCUUUUUGGAAUGGACUCAACAAAAAGGCUGAAAGCAAAUUACUCUUGCCGUGGUGUUAAACUUUCCGUUUUAGGAAAAGGCAAAUCGAAAGUGGCUUGACUAGGGAGGAAUUACAGCAAUCCGAACUGUGCUUAGAGAUUCCCGUGCAUGGGCUGUGGAGAAUGGAGAUGUCCAUGCUGGAUAAGGGGAGCAACAGGGAAUACCGCCUUUGAGGACCAAGUCAAGUUUGGACUUUGAGCAAGAGCAAUCUUAAAAUAUCACAGACUUAUACCAUAAUAUUCCAGUUUCCAGUACUUCUUACCAUAUAUCCAAAAUUCCAGUUACAGCAUAUAUACAGUACAACUUAAUGGAACAGUCAUUACAAAACCAGCAAUAACUUCUUCUUGCAUAUUUUCCAUGUACACCAGUAGUAUUCCAGUGCUUUUGCUUGAAAUGACAUACUUGAAUAUGUAUAUGUAAUUGGUCUCCAAGGACAUCAUGUCAUUGUAGUCCGAACGAGCAUUCUUCUUGCAAAUAUGAGCCGCCAAGCGUGUUUCUUGGUUCAGAUAGUAAUGGCACUGUAAAAAGGCAUUAUUUAUUUUUUAAAUAAACAUAUGAUCCCAAUAAUAGCACACACAUCCAUAACUGGUAGAUAUGUGUAUCGUUUUAUUUGUACUGCUUAUGUAUGUAGUUGCUUUGUACCAAAAAGCCUCUUUUUUAAGUAAAGUAAAUGGAAGCUUUACAACUA